CGUGGUAUUUUCCUCCCAGUUGAGGAGAGUUUCUAUAGAGACGCCUCGUGUUGCUGGUGUGACGGUGCCUGCUCCGGUGGAAAGCAACCAAUGAGCGGCAGGAGAGCGGGUGUCUGGUUACUCCCUCUCUCCAGCGAGCAGGAGGGCUCACAGACGCGGAGAGAGAUCUGAACCUCUCGGGCUGGAAGGGUGACUCGGGUUCCUUCGCGCUGCCGCGUUGAGAUCAUCUCAGUUUACGCGUAGGGUGCGCGUUUUAACGCAUUGCUCUUUAAGGAAAAUCCAAGGAGUGAGGGGUUACGUUUUUUUUUUUAAAGUGGAGAUCAUGGACCUUACGGUCGAAGUAGUUCUUAUGAAGUAAAACCUGUUGCCAGUUCGACCCGAGCUGGUUUUCCGUUUCAGGUUUGCUGGUGGAUGUGAUGCUGGACUCUUGUUUGCGCACUGGCUGGUAGUUGGAGCGAAGUUUGAAGUCGUAGGCCACUUAUUUGAGAGGCAGCAUGCAUGUGUCUCUGGCUGAGGCGCUGCAGGUGAGAGGAGGGCCGCUGCAGGAGGAGGAGGUCUGGGCCGUCCUGAACCAGAGCGCAGAGAGUCUCCAUGAACUCCUCCGCAGAGGUUCGGCUGAUCCAUCCGCUUUGGGUUUCAUCAUCUCUCCAUGGUCACUGCUGCUCAUGCCUUCUGGAAACAUCUCUUUCACGGAUGAAAAUGUCACACAGAAGGAUCUACGGGCUUUCACUCCUCCAGAGAUGUUGGAGGGUCUCAACCUCUCCUCGCUUUCUGAUAUGGAAAAGAUGCACAUGUAUUCACUUGGCAUGACGUUGUUUUGGGGUGCAGACUAUGAGAUUCCACAGAGCCAGCCAAUGAAGCUUGGAGAACAUCUGAACAGCGUCCUGCUGAACAUGUGCGACGACUCCACGCUCACCCGAUUCUCCGUACGGUCGGCUCUGGACACCUGCAGCGCCCACAUCCGCAACUCCAACUGCGACCCUUCGUUUUCAUACAUCAGGAAGCUGGUGAGACUCGUUCUUGGCAGUCUCUCUCAGCUGGAUGGUUUGUUGUCUCAAAGUGAAAGAGAGUCACUUCCAGAGAGAAGCAAAGAGAUUCGUGAACGUCUGCGCGGGAAAGGCCUUCCAGCAGGCCGUAGUGCCGCCCACCGUGUGCUGGAGCGUUACAGAGCACGAACCCAGGAGCAGGCCAACCUGAACCGCGGGCUCAGUCGCUCUAUGGGCUCUCUUCCCAUCCAGGACCUUGUCAGAGCAGACGAGAGUCUCAGUCCGUAUCCCACUUCAGAGUACCACGCUGGGUCCGAAUCCUCUGCCGAACUCUACCAUCAACGCCAACAGCAACAGCUGCAGCAGCGCGGCCGGCCCCUGGAGGUGAACCAGCAUUCACACCCCCAUCAGAGAAACAAAAGCUGGGCCUCGUCAGCAGACCUGGCCUGCCUCGACCCAGAUAUGCUCCGCUUCGGGGCCCUGGAAGACGCCCGCAGGGGCAGCAGCGCUCUCAGCACUCGCUCGACCGGUCGACACAAGUCAUCGUCCAAGUCCAGGGACUCCCGGUACUCUGAGUUUGGAAGCCUAGAUGUCAGGAAGACCCAUCACCACUCAAGUCAGUCCGUCGGCUCGGCCUUCAACAGCGCUUACGACCGCAUCAGAGAGAAGCACAAGAAACUGCAAGCGCUCAAACAGGCCAUGGAUGAUCCCCUGCAUACUCACAGAAGAUACCACAGCGACUACAGCUCCUCCAGUGAAAGCCCCUCCGUGACAUCAUCAGACCCCGACUACAGACAAGCUAAGAAGCCAGAAGACAUGAGGCGAUACAGCUCUCAGGUCGGCCUGUCAGAGCAUGAUGCCGUCUCACUCAGCAGUGCCCAGAGACACAGACUUUUCGAGGCUGGUCAGGAUGAGCUGUCAGGCACAGAACUUCUGAUUCAACGUCAGGAAGAGUUACACAGGCUCCAGGCCCGGUUGUCUAGAGCCUCCAUCUAUCCCGGCGAAGACCCUCGUGCCUCCGUGCUGGACCUGGUGGAGCCCCUUCGCAACAGUCCUUUGGAAGCAGGACUUCAUCCACGCAAAUCUAAAAAUUUGUUUGGCCCUGAGUUUGUGAGGAUGAGCAGCGAGCCAACUGUGGUUUUAACCGUUCCUUCAUCCAUAAUGCUGAACAAGCGUGGGAAGGUGGAUGAGAGUCAGAGGAAGGUGGGGGUGGUCUUACUGAACGGGCAGAAGUUGGAGCUGUCUUGCGAUGUGAAGGCGGUCUGUAAGGAUGUUUUGGACAUGGUCGUAGCUCACAUUGGGCUGGUCGAGCACCAUCUCUUCAGUCUUGCCUACCUUAAAGAUGACGAGUUUUUCUUCGUGGAACCUGAUGCCAAACUUUCAAAGGUGGCGCCAGAUGGUUGGAAGGAUGACCCGAGGAAAAAGAAGUCGGAUGUCAAUUUUAAUCUGUUUCUGCGUAUCAAGUUCUUUCAGGAUGAUGUCAGUCUGAUACAACACACAAUGACCAAACACCAGUACUACUUGCAGCUGCGGAAGGAUAUAUUAGAGGAGCGUGUACGCUGUGACUUUGAAAAUGCCAUGAUCUUGGCAUCUCUGGCACUGCAGGCAGAGUUCGGGGACUAUCAGACAGAGCUUCACGGAAAGACAUAUUUCCGAACGGAGCACUACCUCCCUGCUUCUGUUCUGGAUAAGAUCGAUCAGACCACCAUUAAAGAAGAGUUACCCAAACUCCACAGCUCAUACUACAACGCUUCCGAGCAGGAGGCCGAACUUGAGUUCCUCAAGGUGUGCCAGAGACUGCCGGAAUAUGGAGUUCACUUCCAUCGUGUGCUUCCAGAGAAGAGAUCCCUGACUGGCAUCAUGCUGGGCAUUUACUCGAAAGGUGUCCUCAUCUUCGAGGUCCUGAACGGAAAUCGAACCCCCGUGCUAAGGUUCCCCUGGAGGGAUACCAAGAAGAUCUCUUUCACGAAAAAGAAGAUUUGCUUGCAGAACACUUCGGAUGGGAUCAAACAUCUGUUUCAGACGGAUAGUCAGAAGACCUGCCAGUAUCUGCUGCACUUGUGCUCAGCCCAGUACAAAUUCCACCUGCACAUGAAAGCCAGACAAAACAACCAAGAACUUCAGGACCUGGAGAACUCUCCUCUGAGCAGUCUGCAGUACUCUGACGGGAUGGGUGCAGUUAGUCUGUCCCCAAGCUCUGACCCUGAACUCUACAAGAGGAUGUCCUACUCUGAGAUGUCCCUCAGCAAGAGUUCAAGCCGGAUCUCUGUUCCUCCCGAUCCACCUUAUCCAGGGUUCGGCAGCAGCUCCAACCCCAGGAUGAAGAGUCGUUCCCAUCACAACUUGGGUCAGCUGCCUGAGUCGCCAGAGCACAGAAUGGUGCCUUUCAGUAGCCAAUCACAGAGCAGCAUGACACGAUCACAAGUGCUUGCAUCAACACACCAGCGUGCUAGCUCCGACACUGACUCUAUCGCUGUAGCCAGACAGCAGGAAGGCGUGUUCAGCAGCACGGUCGAUGACAGUCCCCACUGGAGCCCCAAAAGCUUGAAGAAAGAGUCAGACUCUUCCUCCUGUGAGGACGCGGGACAGGCGUAUGUCGUAGGUGUGAGCAUGCACAGCUCUGGAGUGCCCUCUACUCCUGCCUCCUCCAUAGGAAUCACUGACUCCUUGAAGAAGAAAGUUCAUGCCUUACCCUCCCCAGAGCGAGAGAUACAGGCCGUAAAUCUAAAGAAAGACGUAAAGUAUGGCCUGGGCUUUCAGGUGGUAGGUGGAGAGAGUUCUGGCCGCCAGGACCUGGGCACCAUCAUCAGCUCCAUCACACCUGGAGGACCAGCAGAUAUCAACGGCUUUCUGAAACCAGGUGACAGGCUUUUGAGUGUGAACGACGUCAGCCUGGAGAGCAUGUCACAUGACACUGUGGUGGAGAUUCUUCAGAACGCCCCCGAUGAUGUCACGCUGGUGGUCUCUCAGCCUAGAGAGAGACUGUUUCCAGACUCACCUUCAGGAAUCCAUCACUACAAAUCAGCCACACAAAAUCAGGAAGUAGAUGUGGACUCUUCCUCUGAAGAUCACACACACUCUCCCAGCCCUCCUCCUGCCGCUUCCAACAAAACAUCUCCGCCUCUGUCCAUUCGACAGGGGAGCAUCAGCUCUCAGGACUCCAGGACAGAAAGCUCCGGCCUCCUGCAAGCAAGUCUUAAUGGAUUCCAUCGCAGCGUUCCCACCGAGGGUCCGGCACCUGUGCAGUCGCUCGCUCCUGACAGUAAACCCUCAGUUGAAGCUACACCACCAGCUUUACCCCCUAAAACCAGAAAAUCCAAAGUGCCAGACGUUCCUAAAGAGCUGGAAUACUCAGACAGAGGGGAUUCAGACAUGGAUGAAGACACAUACUCAAGUACCCAAGAGAAACAUAAGACUAAAAAGGGGGUUUCUCCCAACACCGUCACGGAGACUUUAAGUGCUAGUAGCCCAGAAGUCAAUAGCCUCCAGCCUGGAGAUCUAUUUGACGUUGAGCUGUCCAAAAUAGACAGCAGUCUGGGCAUUAGUGUCACGGUACUGUUCGGAAAGGGUGGAUCAAACACAACAGUGAGGCAUGGAGGGAUAUAUGUCAAAGGUGUCAUUCCCAAAGGAGCAGCAGAGCUGGAUGGGAGGAUAAAGAAAGGUGAUCGUGUGGUGGCUGUGAACGGGAAGAGUCUUGAAGGAGCGACACACAAACAGGCUGUAGAGAUGCUGAGAGACACUGGACAGGUGGUGCAUCUGUUAAUGGAGAAAGGUCAGCCCCCAAAAGACAGCAUCCAUGCCCCUCUGACUCCACAAGGCACUUCAGAACCUCAGAACGCAGUGGUAGAGGAGCCGCCGCCUCCACCUCCGAAGAAAGCGGAAUACAGCUUCAUUACUCCAGAUAACACAUUUGAUGUGGGUUUGCUGAAGAACACGUCUGGUCUGGGCUUCAGUUUCAGCCGCGAGGAGAACGUUCCCGGAGAGCCCGUGGGCUCCAGCAUGGUCCGGGUCAAGAAGCUGUUUCCAGGGCAGCCAGCGGCUGAGAGUGGCCGAAUCGAAGUGGGCGACGUCAUUUUACGUGUCAAUCAGACGCCACUCAAAGGACUGUCACAACACGAGGUGAUCUCUGCUCUGAGGGGCACAGGACAGGAGGUGACCCUUCACUUGUGUAGACCGGCUCCUGGGGUCUUGCCUGAGAUGGACUCUGCCAUUAAAACACCCAUACCGUCUCCACGAAAGGAGCCCCGUCCCAAGCCCCAGCCCGAUGCCAAGACAAGCUCCCCGCCUCAGACGGAGCGCCCUCGGGCAGUGGGUCCUGUGGAAGAGGCUCUGGAGAGGCUGAUGGUGAAGUCGCCCAGUCGCAGGGACAGUUACAGCGACAGCACAGACAACGACGAGCUGGAGGAGGCCUUCAGUCCUUCCAACCUGGAGCAGGCCAGCCAAGCCUGGGACUCAAGUGUGUACCAGACCCCCAUGGCAAGACUCCCAUACGAGACGGAUAUGGACGACACCAUACGAUCGGCUUAUUACUCACCUAAACAGUCUAUGUCUAGACCAGAUGUCAGCAGAAGUGAUUUGGACAGCCCUGCAGUCUGUAUGUCAUCUUCUCCAGCCCUGCCUGAGAUUGGGAUCCUGAGCCCCAGUCCAGAUCCUCUUCCUCCGCCGCUGCCAAACCCACUUAACCUCUGUCUGCCAGAUCACGGCCAGGAGGAAGAGUUCAUCCCUGAAGUGGAGCUGAAGGUUUCUCUGGUGAAGUCUGAUAAAGGAAGUUUAGGUUUCACUCUCACCAAAGGGAACGACAAUAAUUGCUACAUCCAUGACAUUAUCCAGGACCCUGCUAAAGGAGAUGGCCGGCUACAUCCAGGGGAUCGCAUGAUAAUGGUGAAUAACACAGACGUGUCUGGCAUGAAUCACACCGAGGUGGUCAACCUGGUUCGUGCCGCCCCCAAAGUCGUGGACCUGGUGGUCGGCCGCGUCCUCGAACCUCCCAAACCACCAAUAGAAGCCCAUCUCCUCCCCGACAUCACGUUUCAGUGCCACGACGAGUCCUUAGGGCUUGUUCUCGACGGAGGAAGCGACAGUGGGUUGGGCGUGCUGUACGUAAAGGACAUCAUCCCAGGAUCCGUAGCUUCUGCGGAAGGCAGCCUGAGACAUUUGGAUAUCAUACAUUACAUCAACGGCGCUCCGACGCAGGACCUGACCUUGAGCGAGAGCCGCAGACUCCUGCAGCUGUCACUGAGAAAUCUCAGUCUCAAAGCCACCAGGGAUGGGAAGCCUGUUUUUCCGGGUGAGGAGCAGAUCUCAUUAUUAAACAAUAACGUCAGUCCUAAAGUCUCACAGAGCAUGAACGGUUAUCUCCAUAGCAACGAUCGUAAUGAAUUGGAGGCCCUCUCCGGUAUCUGUCCCGCUGAGGAACAGAUUGUGAAGCUGCAGUUGGAGAAGCCGCCUGCAGGAGGCUUGGGCUUUUCUGUGAUUGGCGGAGAGAGGGGUAUUUUUGUGAAGUCCAUCACACCCGGAGGCACCGCGGACACCGCUGGCACAUUGCAAGUCGGCGAUCGUUUACUGAAGGUGAAUGAGGAUCUGAUGAUCGGCGUGUCUCACUCUAAAGCGGUCACCACUAUCCGUAAGGCUAAAGGCUUGGUGCACCUCAUCGUCUCCCGUCCACCUGACCAAAUGCCCAACACGUACCUGGGCUUUCUGCCUCUCAAAUCCAACGGUGUGAAUGGUAACAACGAUGUAAGUGAGGACAGCGGUGUGAAGACUAAAAUCCAAACGCCAUCAGAGCAAAGCAAGACCAACCCACCUCUCCUCCCUCCAAUAGACUAUGACACUGGCUCUCUAGAGAAAGGGAAAGGAACAGAAGGAAGUGGUGACCUAUCAGAGGACACAGACUGUGACGGCUCAUCUCUGCCGGAAGACUCCCCAGAGACGUCUCGGAAGGCUGAGUGGAAGGAAGAAAAUGUUGACGUUGCUCUGAACGACAGUGCCCUGCAGUCAUCUUCAGGUCAGCUGGAUGAGGACGAGUUCACGUGGGGAAGUGAUGAGCUGCCGAUAGAGGACUUCAACUCUAAAUUUACCGAAGAUGGCCCCAUCGUCACGGAGGAAGAGUUGACGUCUCUGCCGUUGGUUAAAGUGGUUCCUGACGGUCAUUAUACUUCCUCUAACCUCAACACUAUAGUCCGUAUGAUGAGAGGCCUGCUGGAACAGAAAGUUCCUCUGCAAGAGUUUGAGAACCUGCAGAAUUUGAGGCCCUUGGAUGAAUGUCUGAUUGGUCAGACCAAAGAAAACAAGAAGAAAAACCGAUACAAGAACAUCGUUCCAUUCGACACAACCCGGGUCAUGCUGGGGAAGGAUGGUGGCUACAUCAACGCCAACUUCAUCAAGAUGCCUGUGAAAGACGAGAACUUCCUGUAUAUCGCGUGCCAGGGGCCACUACCCACCACGCUGGGGGACUUCUGGCAGAUGGUUUGGGAGCAGAAAUCUAACGUGAUCGCCAUGAUGACACAGGAAGUGGAGGGGGGGAAGGUGAAGUGUCAGAGGUACUGGCCCGACACGCCCCGCUCGCCCGAGAUGGUGGAUGACCAUCUGCAGAUCACACUGGUCAAAGAUCAGCACCUGGACAACUUCGUCAUACGCCUCAUAGAGGUCAAAGACAUCCAGACUAAUGAGAUCCAGAGAGUCACUCAUCUGAACUACACAGGCUGGCCUGAUCAUGGAACCCCGACUCAACCAGAACAGCUCCUCACGUUCAUUUCCUACAUGAGACACAUCCACCAAUCAGGACCCAUCGUCACCCACUGCAGUGCAGGGAUUGGCCGAUCAGGAACGCUCAUCUGCAUAGACGUGGUUCUUGGCCUCAUCAGCAAAGACGCAGAUUUUGACAUAUCAGACGUGGUCCGUACCAUGAGACUCCAGAGGCAGGGGAUGGUGCAAACAGAGGAACAAUACAUUUUCUGCUACCAGGUCAUCUUGUAUGUGCUCAGAUGUCUGCAGGCGGAAGAGAAACUCUCAGGAUAAACCGUGGACUCCACUGCCUUUCUGUUCUCCUGACCGGCUCGAGAGAUCAGCUGAAACAAAAAAAAAAUACCUGAACGCUUCAGAAGCAGUUUCUUCAUUUUCCUGUUGGGGUUUUGACCUCGCCAGAACAAAUUUGUCUUAAAAUGUUUCGGAGGUCAGUGACGUGUACAAUCCUUACAGAAUUUCGUGUUUUCUUAUCGCUUACAUUCUUGACCAUUGGCUGCUACUUCUUUAAAAACAUCUAUUUUAUAAUUUAUCGUUUUUUGGUUAAAAAAAAAAGUUUUUUAUAGGUUCCUUAAAGAUUAUGGAUCAGAUAAAUAAGAAACAUUCAUAUUUUUUUGUGGUAAAAAAAAAUAAUUCUUGUGCAUUUUUAAUAAAACGAUGCUGGAAAUGUUGCCUUGACAGAAUACGAGACAGUAUUUGCUUUGUAAAUCUUUUAGAAAUCACUGAGUGCCAGUGGUAAUCGAAGAAAUUGAAAGUGUUAUAUUUAGUGUGAUAUUUAUCAUAUGAAAUCUGUUGAUAUGUUUUAAAGCUGUUACAUACUGGACAAUUUGCAAUUUGUAAAUAAAAGAAUAUAAUGCCUUUAUGGUUUUCUUUAA